UAUUCUUUCUCUGUGUUUGAAGCUUUGCUUACAGUAGUCUCAAUUUAUGUAUCUUUAAAAGCCCCAUCACGGUGGUGGUAGUGGCGUGGCAACCCCUCCCAAAUCCCGCAAGGAUGCUUUCCCUCCCUGAUACAUUCAAUAUACAGAAUGCUCAUGCUCUCUCAGCUCUGUUCCCAAUCUUGCAUUUGCUGUUUAAUUACUUCCCAAAUGCCUCAUGGUCAUUUGUCCCUCAUUGAAACUCAAGGCAGAUAUGUGGGAAGUAAUUCCAGAUUGGGUGUAGAAAAGUGGUUGUAAAGUUACCUUUGUUUUCCUUCUGUGGCCUUCUGACGAGACCAGCAGGCAGUCAAAAGUCGGAACAUGAUGCAACUUGGUUCUUAACUACUACAGGACAGAAAUCAAUGACAAAUCACAUCGAUUGGGAAUUGAGUCAGUUUCUUAUUCUACAGAUGCUGAUAAACAGACAGGCCUUGACUGUCAGAAUUCCGUUGCAUCAUUCAACCCAGCCUACUGAUGCAAAUGCUAUAGGGGAGCUCCAGUGACGAGUCGGUGCUAAUAAUGUAGCUUUCCACAAAAUAGGGUGACUUGUUCCUAAAGCAGCCUACCACACAGACACAAUCACAUGAACCCUAUCCCUUUAGCUCUAGUUUGUUACUACUAGGAAUAUUUUCAUUUGGUCUUAAGGAGAGGUGGAAUGAUGUAUUGGAGAAGAACCAGCUUAGUUUAAAGAACCACUGCAGAACCGCUAAGUAACACUUCUCUAUUGGGCUUGGUUCUGUUACUGCCUCAGCUUCAAAGAUACGGGUGAUAUUGACCCAUUUUUCAUAGAUUUCAUCCAGUUCCUAAAAGCUGGAAGGGACCUCAGACAUCACCUAGAGAAGACCAACCGGUAUUAAGCUCCAAUCUAGGUGUAUCACUGUCAAAGACUCUAAGGGAGUUACAUAUGUUUCUCAAGUAAGUUUAAUGUGCAGUUUGACUUGAAAAUGAUGGCCUAAGUAAAAGACAGGCAGCUGCUUCAGGAUUCCAUGGUGUAGCAUGUAUGAAUCCUUUUUAUUUUCUGAGAUAGACUCUUACUUCAUAGCUCUGGCUGGCUUGGAACUUACUACAUAGACCAGGAUAUCCUUGAAUAUACAAGGUAUUCUGAAUGUUGGGAGUAAAGGCAUGUGCCAGCACCCCUGGUUUCAUUCCUUCUUAGGACCUAAAAAAUAGUAGGUAUAUCGCAUUUCAUUCAUUUACUUAUCAGAUAAUGGGCAUUUGGGUUGUUUCUACUUACUGUCUUCAAGGUAAUGCUGCUAUAAAUGUGUGCGGGUAAGUGGGUGGGUAUGUGUUCAUUUCUUGUGGGUAUACCACUGGGAGUAAUUUCUGUGUCAUACAUGGCCCCUGUGUUGAAGCAUUCAAAGAACUACUGGACUGUUUUGCAAAGUGGCCAUGACAUGCUACACUGACGCCAGCAAUUGCCGAGAGUUCUAGUUCCUCCACCUGUGCAACCAAGUUCAUUGCCAUCUUGAUGUCUGCAGCUAUUCUAGCAAGCCUUCACUCUCUGAUUAUGAUUUACUUUUCUGUAAUUUACUUUUCUUAAUUUUGUUGGAGCCCAGAGUUGCAGGAAGAACCAGCGGGGUUAAAGAAAGAUGUCAUUUUGUACCUACAUGGGCUUUGUGUCACUGUUUGUUGAGCGGUUUGCAUGUCAGUUACUAGUGGAUGAUGUAACAUUGUUCUGCACAGUCAUCCAGUCAUCCCCUGUCGUAGAGCAUGGUUAUUUUCAAACAGAGACACCCCAUAGCUUGUCUUUGAGUACAGGUCACUGGAGAAAUUAGCUUUCUUAAAGGUUUGCUGGAGAAUGGCUCUGGCUUGCAUCAGACCAUUGCAUGCAUAUAUAUAUAUAUGUAUAUAUGUGUAUAUAUGUGUAUAUAUAUGUAUAUAUAUGUAUAUAUAUGUAUAUAUAUGUAUAUAUAUAUAUGGCCCAUGAUUAAAAGCUACUUUAUUCUAGUCUUGCUCAUGAGGCUAAUACAACCAAGAGAAAAAAAGGGCAGAACCAAGGUGUCUUCAUUCCACAGUAGCUAUCUAUCUCCUUUGAGACAAGGCUGGUAAUAUCUUCAUGUCGAUUUCUUUUUUAAUACAUUUUGUUACGUUAUAUUAACUGUACAAAAUGAUGAGUUUCAUCAGUAUACUUUAAUAUAUGUCUAUAACAGGCUUUGUUUAUACUCACCCACCAGGAUCCUCUCAAUCUCUUCCCCUCACCUUUCCCACUACCCACUAGUGUCCCUUCUACUUCAAUUUGAUUUUUAAAAAUCUGGAUUCUAUUCGUGUAUCUUAAUCAUUUGCAGAGCUUUCUAUCAUGAUCUUAGUCUCUGUUUGUCCAAACUGGCACCAUAGAGGUUCUUUCUUUAAGAGUUCAGGAGGUAGGUGGGAUAACUACAGUUCAAACUUACUCAGUCUGGUUUCAGAGUCUGUAAUAUUGAGUCAGGAAUCUGACAGGCUAUGAGAGAGAAGGAGAGACCUGAUCAAUCAGAAAAUCACUGAUGUUAUUAUGUCCGGGGCCUCUACUGGAUAUGGUGGAGCAAAAUCACCAAAGUUGUAUGUGUAGCUGAGGUGCCUAUAAAGUGAAGAUAUUUAUGUAUUUGGCUUACCUGGAGGUGGUUAACUAUUUAACUGACGACAAGUUGGUGUUUUGGCUGAAAAAAUGUUUGCCGUGUUGAAUUUCAGAAAGAUUUGUUGAGCUUUUUAGCCUUCUGGAUCGAUUAAACCAGCCCAGAUGUCCACUUAAAGGGUAGGCAAUGUUCUAACAAUGGCUGUCAAGGUUCUAGCAUAUCUAUGGUAACCACUUCUUAGUUCUUAGCAACCAAACACAUCCCUGUUCCUUGUGUGAUUAUAGAUAAUUACUAAGUGAACUUUUAUUCAGUGUAGAGUUUAUUUCUUUUUAAAAGUACAUGUAGAAUUUACUGGGCUUGUUUAAAUAGUUUAUUUAUGUUAAUUCACUUAAUCCUUAGUGCAACCUGACAAAAAGAGGCCUGCCAUUCUUAUUGUUAAAAGAUGAGGUUCACAAAGCUUAGGUAGAUUGACAAAGGUUCUCUAGUCAGUGCUAAGGCCAAAAUUUAAACCUAGGCAGUCUGGCUUCAGAGUCUGUGCAUUAAGUUGUGUAUUCCACAGACUGGGUGAGAUUCAAGGUUCUAAAGAAGCUGCCUCUGCUCUGGGCCUCUCUGUAUUUCAUCUGUCCAUAGAUUUCUACACUUAGUUUUCCUUAGUGUGGUGGCUAGUUUGAUGUCAACUUGACACAAACUAGAGUCAUCUGAAAGGAGGGAAUCUUAAUUGAGAAAAUGCCUCCAUAAGAAUUGACUGUCAGGCACUUUCUUAACUAGUGAUUGAUGGGGAAGGUCCAGCUCAUUGUGGGUGGUGCCACCCCUAGGCUAGGUCCUGGGUUUUAUUUAAAAGUAGCCAGCAAGCCAUGGGCAGAAAGCCAGUAAGAAGCACUCGUCCAAGAUCUCUGCAUCAGCUCCUGCCUUGAAGUUUCUGUCCUGUUUGAGUUCCUGUCCUGAUUUCCUUCAAUGAUGAAUAAUGGUGCGGAUGUGUAAGUCAAACAAAUCCUUUCCUCAGAAAGUUGCUUUGGUCAUGGUAAUUUAUCACUCUGAGAAUUAGAGGUCUAUCGCUUGAUGUUAUAAAACUAAAUGUUUAUUAUUGCUUGAUGUUUUAGAACUAAAUAUUUAUUAUUGCUUGAUGUUUUAAAGCUAAAUAUUUAUGGUUAUAGUCACUUAAGCUUGAAGCUAUAAUGGUUUUAAAAAGAAAUUUCCCUCAUAUCACACUAAACACCACAUGCUAGCAAAUAACUCCAGAUCUAGGAAUGGGUUGCUUCUAAGUUGUUGGCCAGUGGGUUCCCAUAGAUCUCCACACAUUACAGGCUAUAGCUGCUGCUCUUGAUUACACUCCAUAAUGUGAUCGUAUGACUAUUGCUGGGACUACAAUGAUUGUCGGUGAUUAAGAUCGCUUGCUGUUCUUAUAGACAGACCCAGGUUCAAUUCCAGGUAGUCACUUGUUGGCUCCCAACCAUCUACAGUUGCAGGUGACCUAAUUCCUCCUUCUGGCCUCCCCGGACAACGAGACCCAUAUAUACAAGCAAAACAUAUUUAAAAUUGUGUGUGUGUGUGUGUGUGUGUGUGUGUGUGUGUGUGUGUGUGUGUGUGAAGACGCCGCAUACUUGAGUGAUAAAAUAUAGAGAAAUCAAGCUGAUCUGGAAGCUUUAUCCCUAUUAGAUUGCUUUCAUAGUGCUGGGAGGUGCAAUGCAUCCCACUGGAGGAGAAAAGUAAUCGUCAGUCUUACAUAGCUGCAAACCUUAUAAAUAAUGAUAAACAUCCUAGCAAGAUAUGUCUACUGGUUGAUAAUGGUACAAAUGAUAUAGAAGUAUCAAAUCACUCCGGGAGAUGGAACCUAUACCUGGCACCAUUAUCAGGGCCAACCACCUGGUUCUAGAUAGGCCAUGGGCUCUAGUGGGAGAGCCAACUACCAUUAUUCUGUUAAAAGGGCAUAGUAUUAAAACAACUCCUAAUGGCCCUCAUCAAAGAAGAUUCUCCUCAGUAGACAGUAGUUAACACAGAGAUCCACAAACUGGUCAACUUGGAGAGAACAAGAGACUGCAGUGUUCAGCUCUAAAUAAGACAUCUAUAACAUACUUCUCCCUCCAUGACCCAGGGAUCUUCAUAGAAGAAGGGGUGGAAACAUUGUAAGAGCCAGAGGCAGUGAAUGACUACAAAGAAACAAACUUUCUCAACCAGAACAGGACAUCUGCAUUAUGAACUUACAGUGAUUUUGACAUUAUGUACACACCUAUGAAAUCUCGAGUCAGACAAAAUCCCAGCAUGGAGUGGUAGAGGUGGGUUUGUUUAUUGCAAGAAGAAUCUUAUGAUCAAAAUGCAUAGUAUUCAAUUCUCAAAAAAUGGUUUAAAACAGUUUAAAGAAAUGUCCCCCAUUGACUCAUACAUUUUGAACAGUUGGUGACAAGGUUUGGGGAGGUUAUGGAACCUUUAGGAGACAGAGCUUUCCUGGGGGAAGUAUUUACUGGGGACAGACUUUGAAGGCCUAUAGCCUCACCUUACUGUUCUCUCUCUGCUGUGUGUGUGUGUGUGUGUGUGUGUGUGUGUGUGUGUGUGUGUGUGUGUGUAUGAAUACGAGAUCUCUUUGUGUAUUGCUCCUGUUGUCAUGCUGUGUAUUCCCUGCCAUUAUGGACUCUAUCCCCUCUUUAAGUUGCUUUUAGUCAUAGUAUUUAUCACAGCAACCAAAAAUUGAUAGAGGGUUAUUGCUCUGGGCUUUCAAUACAGUGGUCCUAGUAGCUAUUGCAGUCUUAUUAUUCUAGCAGCAGUUAGUGGUGCCAGACAGUAGCAAUAGCUGGCACUUUUUAAUAUUUUUAAUAUCCUGACAUUUUAAACUCCCAUGUUUUUAUUUUUUAAAAUUUUUAUUAUAUAUUUCUUUGCUUACAUUUCAAAGGUUAUUCCCCUUCCCAGUUUUUUGUCCAUAAGCCCCCAUUCCCUCCCCUCCUCCUACCCCAUACGGGUAUUCCCCCUAUACAUCCCUCUUAUUGCCCUCCCCUGCAUUGGGGGUCCAGCCUUGGCAGGACCAAGGGCAUCCCCUUCCACUGGUGCCCCCUCAAGGCUAUUCUCUGUUACAUAAGCAGUUGGAGCCCUGGGUCAGUCCAUGUGUAGUCUUUCGGUAGUGGUUUAGUCCCUGGAAUGGCUGGUACUUUUAUGUAAUAGUUUUUAUACAGGCUUCAGGUGCUGGAGUCCCUAAGCCAUUGGCAGCUUCAAGUUUUCUAUCUUUCUGUAGUGCUUCUUUUCUCUAUUGCUCCUGUUCCCCAUUAUUGAUACUCUAGCCACUCUCUUCAGCUCUUCAGCUCCCGCGUGCUUCAUCUCCCCCACUGCUCCUGUGUUUGCUGCUGCUAUGGUAGUGGCUUUUGUUGUCUUCAACACUGUUGCUGCCUCCCUUUCUUUAUAUUAUCAACUCAACUCAGUAUAGUAAUGAUAAAAGUCAAAGGGAGGUAAGAAAAGACCUUUUGUGAGAAGCCUUUCAUUUGGUAUUAAUGCUGCAAAACAGCAUAAGAGGGUGUCUCCCAAGUAGGUCAGAAAAUGAGACAAACAGCUUGCUUGUGUGAUCAGAAAUGUGUGUGGCUGUAACAAAGGUUCUGUACUAAGCACAUGCAUAUGACAGACCAUGCUUGAUCCAAUAACAGCAGCCCCCCAUUCAAAUGAAGGCAUGUUCUGAAGUCAAUCAUAGCAUGGCCCCUCAAGCAAAUGAGAGAUAUCAUUUGCACUAAUCAAAGCAGUUCCUGAUGCAAAUGAAGGCUUCUGUUUGCCCAGAUCAUGGCAUAGUUCCUUGUGCAAAUGAGGAAAAUACACUAGCAGCAAACAUAGUAGUCAUCCAAAUUAAUAUCUCAUUGUCCAAUCAUGACAGAGUCCUUUGUGUACAUGGAGGAUUGCAUUUAUAUCCAUCACAGUAGUCCCUGCUGUAGAUAAAGAUGUGUUGAAGCAGACACGUGAAAGAAUGUUUUGCUGAAGCAGACACAGGUGAGAGGGUAUGUGAUUGGAAAUAAUAUAAAUAUGACCCCAUAGACAGUGGGGGAGGCUCUGGCAUUGGCUCACCUUACUAUACCUCACUAGCUUCUGUUGAGGACAUUCAUAUUGGUUCACCUAACAUGCAGUUGCUGAUCUUUCCUUGUCCUGACUUCAUAGCCAAAGACUAGUCUCAUGGUGUUCUAGCAGGUUCUUGCAGCUUCUGUAGACUCAGGCUUGGUAGAAGGAACUUCUUGGUUUCUUCUGGAUCAAACUGCUGCUGCUGAUUUGUAAGUGGUGAAUGCCUAGUGAACUGGACUGCUGAACAGCCCCAAAGAACUAUUUCUAAAUAGAUCCACAACCCCUGUUUCCUACUAACCUUUUUGUUCCACUACCUCUGAUAUGUGAUGGAUUAGAAAGGAGGUUGAUGCAUUUAAGAAGACUUCUUAAAGUAGGUUUUGAAAAAAAAAAAAGCUAAGCCUACAAAGAUGUUUGAACUAAUCAUGGGAAAGUUUCAUACUUGCAGCAGUCACAAUCCCUUAUGUAAAUAAAGGCCUUUAUUGUACCAAUCAGGGUAGCUCAUGCAAAUGAAAUUCUGUUUAUCCCAAUCACAACACACAUUUCCUUGAUAUCAAAAAAUGUUCACCAGGGCUGGGUGUUGUGUUUCACACCUUUAAUCCCAGCACUGGGAAGACAGAGAAAGGCAAAUCUCUAUGAGUUGGAGGCCAGCCAGCCAGGUUUAUAUAGUGAGUUCUAAGUCAGCCAGACUAAGAAUUGUAUAGUGAGACCCUGUCUCAAAAAAUUGUCAUAUAUAUAUAUAUAUGUCAUUUGUACUACUUUUGAGGACUGUCUAGUUCAUUUGUUGGUUUGUUAUUCAGUGUUUAAUAUUUUUUAGUUCCUUAUUCUUAAUAUUUGUCUCCUCAAAUAAAUAUAAGGUGUUAAUAUAGAAUAAAUUGUAAAGUUCAAAAUACAUAUGAAAUGAAGAGACAGCGGAAGAGAAAAAAAGAAAGAAAGAUGGCCAAGGAGUAAGGAGGCCUGCAAGAUAGCUCAGUAUGUAAUGGUGCCUUCUGCCAAGCACAAGAUCCUGAGUUUAAGUCCCAGAACCCACAUGGUGACAGAGAGCAUGUUUGUGUCCUCCCAUGCUUUAAAAAAUUUAAAAGAAUUUAAUUUAGAAGAAGGGGAGGAGGAGGAAGAGGGGGAGGAGGAGGAAGAGGAAGAGAAGAAGAGGAAGAGGAAGAGGAAGAGGAAGAGGAAGAGGAAGAGGAAGAGGAAGAAGAAGAAGAAGAAGAAGAAGAAGAAGAAGAAGAAGAAGAAGAAGAAGAAGAAGAAGAAGAAGAAGAAGAAGAAGAAGAAGAAGAAGAAAUUGCAAGAGUGGUGGGAGGAGGAAUUGUGGGAGCCAGGUUGAGGAUACCAGGAGCCAGGAGAAUUAAGGGUCUGAAGAAUCAACUAAGCAGGGCUCAUAGGAGCUCACAGACACUGAAGCAGCAAUCAUGGAACCUGCAUGGGACUGUGCUAGAACCUCUGUUUGUUAUGGUUGUUGGCUUGUUGUUUUGGGGGGACUCCUGACAGUGGGAGUGGGGUUGUCUCCACUUUUGCGUGCUUUUGGGACCCUUUUCCUUUGGGUUGCCUUGUCCAGCAUUGAUGUGAGGGUUUGUGCCUUAUCUUACUGUAUCUUGUGUCAUGUUCAGUUGAUAUUCCUGGGAGACCUGGUCUGAAGGGAAAUGGAGGAGGAGUGGAUCUAUGGGAGAGGGGAUGUUGGGGGUGGGGGAAUUUGGAGGAGUAGAGGUAGGGAAAGCUUCAGUCAGGAUGUAUUGUAAUAGAGAAGAAUAAAUGAGAAAAAAAGGAAGAAAAAUAUUGUGAGAAAGAGUAACACAAGAAUAAUGUGUUUUUUAAAAGUCCAAUUAGAAAAAAAAGAAAUUUGUGUGAAUCACAAAAAUGUAGGAAGAGUGAUUAAAAAAUAUAAAUGAGAAAAUUCAACUUCUGAAGGAUUUAUUUGGCUCCCAGAUUCGGAAUAGUAGGCACUUUGCACUGUAUUGGCAGUCAGAAACACAGUGAUGGCUAGCGAUGCCCUUAGGGCUUUGUCUUCCCUUUUAGUCCUGGAUCUCCGCCUAUAGCAUUAUGCCACCCGGAAACAGGGUGAGCCUUCUCUUGUUUGCCCAGGCUUUAGAAAACCCUUCAUAGGCAUUCCCAGCUUAAGGACCCUAGAACGAAAAAAGAAAUGCAGUGGAUUUCUGUUCGAGGACUGCGGGGCCAUGGCACAGAUGUCAGUGUCAGACCACAUCACUCCACCACAUUUGAAGCAUGUGAGAACGUUAGGCAUUUGUUAUGGCUGGAACUGUCAACCUGUUUGUUCCAAGGGCUGCCCGACUUACGUUGAGAUGAAGCUUUGGUUUCCUCUCCUCAAAAAGAUGUGCUGGGGUUGGAGCUGUGAGAGCAAUUUCCAUUUUUCUCUUCAUCCCCUUUCUCCUUCUGCAUUCAUUUCAGCUGUCUGGUCUCCUCUUUCGGAUUCUGUAAAAUGUUUCUCUCUUUAUGUCCUUGAUAUCAUCUCCUCUGUUAACCAAACUCUUCUCAUUCCUAGAAUCAAUUGGAGGAAAUUCUCACUUUCCCCCUUUCACAGAAGGAAAGUGAUACAUUAUUUUUCUACUUAUACCUUCAUGAGAAAUUGCUAUCAAAUAUAAGGAUAAUAAAUAUCCUUAAACUCAAGCAUUAUAGUAGAUUCAAAAUACAUAUGGUUUCAAAACUAUCAUUGUCCUUUUGUCUUUUCUCAUGGCUUGUCCAGCAGCUCUUUGCUUCUCCCAAAUAAUUAAAAAUCUGAACACACUAAGCCCUUAUAUAUUUUUCCAACUUUCAUGCAAAUUCAUAUAAUAAAUCACAGCAUAUAAACACAUAUCCAGUUAUGUGCUAAUAAUUCAUUUUCCUGUUCAUUCAUUAUGUCUACUAUUAGCCUGUCUAGGAAACCUUUGAAACAGAGUCAGCUGAUGUCAAUCUACUUUAUUCUCUGGAAAGAAUAUACAUUUAUGUUGGAUUCUAGUCUCACAAUUUACUUAACUGUUUUUAUUCGUAUAGGCAAGUAGUGCAAAGAUUUUGUCAUGUCCUUUGAAGGCUUAUUAAAGUGUAGCAAAUUUGUAAUUUGCCAUCUCACCUUGGGACUAGACCCUUGAGCCAUUUUAAGAAUUCCAAUUUGGAGUCAUAUAUGGUGAUUCAUGUUGAUAAUUGUAGCACUCAGGAGGCCAGCCUUGGAUACAUAGCUAGACUAUGGGGGAGACACACACACACACACACACACACACACACACACACACACACACACACACACACAGAGAGAGAGAGAGAGAGACAGACAGACAGACAGACAGACAGACAGAGACAGACAGAGACAGACAGAGAGAGAAACGGAGAGAGACAGAGAGAGAGGAAUUCCACUGUAAUCCUACUGUGCUGGCUAGUUCUAUGUCAACUUGAUACAAGCUAGA